AUGGACUUUGAGCAGGCUUUGCAUCUGGGAGCUAAGGUGGCAGAGGAGGCCGUAGCGGCAGCAGAGAACAGGAACCAAUGCCCCACAGGCUGGUUCCAAUUUGGAUCGCGCUGCUUCAAGUACAUCGAGAAUGCAAGGACAUGGCCCCUAGCAGAGCGCCACUAUGUGUCCCUUGGAGCAAACCUGGUGUCUGUGCACAGCUCUGCGGAGGAUCAGUUUCUACAGGUUGUGGUGGGGUGCAAGGCUGGCGGUUUCUCUCCUACCUGGAUUGGAGGAUUUUAUGCUGUUCAGGACAGGCUAUGGUUUUGGAGUGACGGCUCCAAAUUUGAUUACCAGAACUGGAAGAAAGGAGAGCCCAAUAAUAGCGGUGGCAGAGAGCCAUGUAUGGUGAUGAACUGGGGAGAUGAAUACUGCUGGAACGAUAUAAACUGUGGAAACAGCUUUCCCUCUGUGUGCUCCAAAAGAAUCUGUGAAAUCCAGAGAAACUGAAACCAUAAAUGCUACUCCAUAGUGUCAGCAUCCAACUGAACACUUUUUAUGGUAAAGUCAAAUAUUUAGUAAAGUUUAUUUGUUGCUGUA